AUGCGCGCUGAGGUAUCGUGGUACCCUGAGUACGUGGAUGGGACUGAACUGCUCUAUCAGGAGGCAUUCGCCAUCGAGAAAAGGAAAGUUGCAACGCUGAGCACACAGUCUCCUGCCCCUCGAUGUCUCUCACGCUCCUGCUCCACAGUGGAAGAGAAGUUGCGGCAUAUCAGGAAAGAAGCAGCAGACAACAAGGCCGAGAUGGAGGCUGCGCAUGAAAAGGAGCUCACAGCUCUGAUGAAGAAGCAGGACCAGGAGCUCUCUGCAUCGCGGGCGAGUUGGGCAAAGAAGGAGGAUCACAUGAAGGCAAAGCUGAAAAGCCGUCGAGCCGCUCUGACUCCUAGUAGGAUCGCGUCAAAGAGCUGGAAGAGCAGGCAUCAGCGGACUUGCAGGAUGAACUGGCAAAGGUGCACAAUGGGAAGAUAA